CUCCACCCAAUCAGAACUUCCUGGCUCAGCGGUUUCAAAGGCUAGCUACACUUUCCUCACAGUUAGAACAAAAGCUUCGGAAGUCUUCUUUGGAGAAAACCUGAGAACCCAUCGUUCAAAAGAAGGUCUGUGGAUACUAAGCCCUAAAGCCUCUUGAUAUUAACAUGGCUGACCCUCAGGACAACACUCUGAGGAUUGUUCUGGUAGGGAAAACUGGAAGUGGAAAAAGUGCAACAGCGAAUACCAUUCUUGGGAGACAAGUAUUUGACUCUAGAAUUGCAGCCCAUGCUAUCACCAAAGAGUGUCAGAAAGCAUCCCGGGAAUGGGAAGGGAGGAAACUUCUUGUUGUUGACACCCCAGGGCUCUUUGAUACCAAGGAGACCCUGGACACUACUUGCAAGGAAAUCAGCAGGUGUGUUAUCUCCUCCUGUCCUGGGCCCCACGCCAUCCUCUUGGUUCUACAGUUGGGCCGCUACACAGAGGAAGAGCAGAAGACCGUGGCAUUGAUCAAGGCUGUCUUUGGGAAGCCAGCCUUGAAGCACAUGAUCAUGUUGUUCACUCGCAAAGAUAACUUAGAGGAUCAGAGCCUAAGUGACUUUAUAGAGAGCGCAGAUGUGAAGCUAAAGAACAUCACCAAGGAGUGUGGGGACCGCUACUGUGCCUUCAACAACAGAGCCAAAGAAGCCGAGAAGGAAGCUCAAGUGCAGGAGCUGGUGGAGCUGAUAGAGCAGAUGGUGCAGAGCAAUGGCGGGGCUUACUUUUCUGAUGACAUUUACAAGGACACAGAGGAAAGGCUGAAACGAAAGGCAGAAAUCCUGAAGAAAAUCUACACUGAUCAAUUAAAUAAAGAAAUUAAACUAAUAGAAAAGGAAUAUGCUCAUUUAUCACAGAAAGAAAGAGAGGAAAAAAUAAAAGUACUGAGGAUGAAGUAUGAGGAACAAAUAAAAAAUCUAAGGGAAGAAGCUGAGAAGGGAAUAUUUGGAGAUGUUUUAAAUAGUAUUAUGAGGGUACUUUCAAGAAUAUGGCAUAUGUUUUGGUAAUAAUGUCAAUUUUACUUUUGCUUCUGAAUUUACUAUGGCUUGUAAUAGUGGUAGAUUGUAUUUUCCAAAGAUAGCUAACAAUAUAUUCUAUCCUACUUAUUCUUCUUACAAUCUGACCUUGUUACUUUUCCCACUGAGUUGCAGGGUCUGUGUCUCCUACUUUGAAAUUAGACAGGCUUUGUGACUGUUUUGAUAAAUAGCGGAUGGCUAAAGCAACCUCUUGUGACUCUAUGGCUAGACAUGGAAAAUGCCCCUUGCCCUGCAGGGGGGCUUGCCCUUGGGACUAAGCCAUCAUGUUAUGAGAAAGGCCAUGUUGUCCAUUGAGAGGCUCCCAUGAAGAGGGCUUGACGUCGCUGGCCUACUCCCCUGGCUCAUCUUUCAUUUCCUAGCCGGACCAACUUGGAAGCCAUGCAAGCAAGGCAACACGGAAGGAAGCUCUCUGGCUGCCCUGCCACCUCAGACAAAGUUGCAAAGAGCAGAGAUGAGUCCCUUCCAAAUUGCAGAUUGAAGAGAAAAAAAAAUGAUGGUGGUUGUUUUAAGCCACUGAGCUUCAGAAUGGUUUGUUAUGUAGUGACAGCUAACCAGAGUGGAGCCCCUUCCCAGCUCCAUUUGCCACCACCUCCUUUUCCCACCUGUCCCUCUUUACAGGGCCAACAAAUUGAAGAAGUUACAAAAUUAGCAUGCUCAGGCAAUGAUAUAUAGAGUUGAAAGACUCCAUUUAGGAAAAUUCAAAUAAGAAAUCCUGCAUACAUUAAGUGUUAGUGCCGCUGGUAACAUGCACUGUUCUAGGGCUUGUCUACGAGUCCCCUUUAGGGAAGCAUUGGCUUUCUCUGGACUAUUGAACAUACAACUUCUGUGAGUUGAUUUUUUUUCUCUUAACCUCAUAUUCUAUUUUGGAAGAUUAAAACAUACCAGAGGAAAAAUGAGUAAAUCAAAUAAAUCAUUAUCUCUUUACUUGUCAAACGAAA